AUGACGGCGCGCGAGGUUGAGUUGACGGGCGGGGCGCCCUGGGGCUUCCGCAUGCAUGGGGGCGUCGAUCAGAACCAGCCUUUGAGAAUAUCACGGGUCAACCCAGGGCGGAAGGCUUCGCUGUGCGGCGUGCGGGAAGGAGAUGUCAUCUCAUCCAUCAACGGGCGAGCCACGCGUGGCAUGAGCAACGCAGACGCUCACGCCAUGCUGCGCGGAGCUGGGCCUGUGCUGCGGUUAGGGCUUAAUGAGGACCGAGAGAUGUCACCACGGCGAAGAUCAAUAAGCAGAGGCAGCGAAUUGAAAAGGCCUUCACAGUUGUUGGCAUCAACAGAAGAAGCUACGCUGCAAGAGCCAGUCUAUGCAACCAUCAAGCCGCCGAUAACUCAAACCUGGGCCCCGUCAUCGCCCCUUCGCUCGUCACUAAACUCAUUACCCUCUCUCAACUCCACCCCUCUAGUGAAAUCGGCCGCGCCCGUCGAACAGCCUCUCAAGUUCCAUCCAACCAACCCCUUUUAUACAACAUUGCCCUCGAACUAUACAAGUGCUUCCAAACUUCCUAUAUCAAAUGGGAAAUCGUCAAUAUCUACUUUAGAUAGAAAUAAAACUAACAAGCCCAAUGACUCUAGUCCAGAUUUAAAAUCCCCUUCAGCGAACAAUCAGGAGCAAAACUCCGCAUCUUCAAGUGCUAAAUAUCACUUCGUGCAACUGAACAACGAUGUCGCUGAAGCCGAGCCGAGCGAGCCGGUGACCGCCAAGCCGCCGACGCCUGCGCCGGCGCAGAGCUCCGCGAAACGUGAGUAA